AUGUCUGAAUUAACAACAACAACAACAACUUCAUACUCGCUCAUCGGAAGAGAUUUAUUAUGCAUGGAGGUGGAGAUGUUGAAAGCCUUGUUUCCAGAUGAAGGACACGUUUUGAAAAUUGAAAAUUUCUUUAUGGAUGAUGAAAGUAAAAAUCAUGAACAAGAACCACUUCGGAUUUGUAUCACCAUCACACCGAGUACUGGAAUGGAUGAUUCGUCACAAUUUGUUUCAUUGCAAUUAUGUUUUAAAAUUUCAAAUAUUGAUGAAUAUCCAUUAUAUUUAAAAAAAGAAGUUUCCAUGCCAAGAAAAACAUCCAGUGAAGAUGUUUCUAGUUUUAUAUCAAUUCCUUGGAGACGAGGCUUAUCGGAAGUACAAUGUAAUUACAUGUUAUCAUAUUUAUACAAAAAAGCCUACCAGCUAAUUUCCGAGUGUGAUGAUUUCUCCAUGUCACCACCGAUUUAUAACUUGUAUGAAGAAGCUAGAGAGUAUUUAACACAUGAGAAUGAACGUCAACUCGAGGUUUCACGAUGUUCGAUUUGUUUGGAUGGAUUUUCUGAGAGUGGAGGGCCAGUCACCAAAUUACCAUGCUUUCAUAUUUUUCAUACUGAUUGCUUGCAUACAUGGUUUCAUUUCAAGUGUAGAGAUAGAUACGAUGAAUAUUUAAAAUUACUCGAUCGAGACGAUAGAGGUAUCACCGAUGAUGCAUCAACUCCAACCUCUGAAACUGAGCUCGAAGCAUCAUCGUCAUCUCCAAUUAUUUUUGAUCAGAGCCUUAAAGAAAGCGUAUUGGAAGACUCCAAUAUUUUCUAUUGUCCUGUCUGUAGAGUACUCAUACCCAUGCAUAUUGUAGAGACUCAAAUUAAUAUUAAAAAAGAUGAAAUAAUUGCACAAUACAAGAAAGAGAAAAGAAAGGAAGAGGCAGAAAGAAAAAAAGAGCUUCGAAGACUUGCUCAAUUACAGGAGCAGCAAAAACCACAACCUCAUCCACAACCAAAUGUCACACUUCCUCCUCCCAUAAAAAAGGAAAAGAAGAAGGACCUCAAAGGUUCCUGGAAUGGUAUUUCAGAAUUGUAUGGAGUCAUUGUUGAGGGCGUGACCUACAGCAACCAAAUGGGAACCAAACACAAGGAAAAAACUUUUAAAGAUUUAAAGGAUGUCACUCGUGUACGAGUAUUGAAUUUGGGUUCAUCCAGUAGUGGAAAAGGACCCAAAACCAUGACCAUGAUGGUUGAAUUUAUUUCAAUGGAACUCGCUGAAAAAUUUCAACGAGAAUUCAACAACAAGACCGUUCUAGAAGAUACUCUAGUUUGUACUGUGGCACCCAAUCAACCGACCACCCCGAAACAAGAAUAG